UCGCGUUGUGAGGACGUGCUUUCUUGCAAAAUAGUUUAUGAAUAGUGGUGUUUUUUUUAUAUAUUUGUGUACUUUUCCAAUAACGUGUAUUUCGAUGUUACUCUCAUAUACACAUUUAUACGUACAAAUCAAAAAAGGUUUGUUAUCAGUGAAUAAGUGUUGCCUCAGUUGUUCCACAUACCUUCGGCCAAUUUCCAAUGAGUUAUGCAUACAAAUUGAACUUAACAAACAAGUCAAGUGUCGCAUUAAAAAUUAAAAACAAAAAAAACGUAAAUAAACAAGUUGCGCUGUAAAGCCGCCGCGGGAACUAUCCGAGCAUUUAUCUACCUGUAUCGGAAAUGUUUAUACAGUUAUCAGUUAUUCCUUUGUCCAGUUGUGAAUAAACGCUUCUAAUAACUUUAGCGGCGGAAAUAAACAAACAGAUUAGACACCGCAUGUGAAUCGGACGCAGAGAGGCGGCAUUCGGACAAGUUAGUGGUGCGACAGAGUAGUGAUAUGAAUCCACCCACUAAGAGUAGAAAUACACGCAUUUGUUUAUGUAUGUAAGUUUGUAUGUAUAAAUGUAUGUACAUACAUAACUUUGAACUACUGUACACAUGGAUACGUACAAACAUAUGAGCACAGAGGCCUUCCUAUGUGAGAGUGUGGCGGUAAAUAACAUGCCACCCCUAUCCCGCCGCAUCUAACUAACUGAGAGACAGCCUCGUCAAUCAGCUGCUUAUCCAUUCCCGUCGCUAAUGCAGUAGAGUUGGCUGCAUACCUUCCAUCGGUGCUAAAGUCGACUUCACCACCAACGCCACCUCCAGCCGCCAGCAUACGGGCGCCGUUACCGCCGCCGUAGUCGACGACACAAACAACGUAACCAAUAAACCAAAAUCAAAUUUUCAAAUUGGCAUCAAAGUGUAAAAACCGUUAGAUAAAAUUGAAUUAUCCCAAUGUAUGUGGCCACAGUCAGUCGCAGGACAUCGGCGCGUAAGGACGCACUCAUACUCGCACUUGCACGCAGGAAGUGCAAAAGCGAAAGGCAUACGAGUUUGUAGUAGUGUUCUCUCCAACAUUAACAACCAGUGACCGGUAACUGUUUUAUUUAACUCUCUCGCUCGUUCGCUCCCUUACAAGUGUUCUGGGAAAUAUUCUAAUUGGAAUCGAAUUGUCGAAUUAGAAUAGGUGAACGCGUAAAAGUGUGACAAAUACAAUAAAAUUAACAACAUACCAAACCCUCAAUAAAUACAUAGAAUGAAAGCACACACAAAUAUAUAAAUUAAUGCGCGUUGAUACAGAAUUACAAUAACAAAAGAGUAGCGAAAAUUUUAAAUAGAAAUGGAGUUUCCACAGCUGCAGUAACAUUCCGCAAAUGCCGACAAACCUAUGUAUAUAAGACAAAUUGCAUUUGUUAUAUUUUGUUUAAAAAAAAGUGUAUAAGGUUCCUAUCGUUAAUUAGAAAUAUUAAAAAAAAGUAUUGUGAUUAUUUACAUACAAGUAUACAGUGCAUAUGUACAUAAAGCUGAACAAGUGCAUGUUUCCAACGAAAAUCAAAAUAUUAACACUGUGGGUACGUUGAAUUCUCAAAAUAUGUUUUUAAAAAUAUAUAAAUGAGCUCUUUACUGCGAAAACCUAAAAGCCAAGUGUUGUUGUGUGAAAUCCGCGUUUGGAUCGGUCCAACAAAGGUCUACGAAUGAAAUUAACGUGGCACAUAGUUAAUAUUUUAGACUGAAUCCUUUUAAUAUAUUUACAUAUCACAUCGUGCGUAUGUGGCUUAAACACGCAACGCACCGGAUAAACUAAAAUAUUGUAGCCGCGGUCGGAGUGCCUCUUGAUGUGGAUAAACUCAUCGCCAGGCUUCAAUAAACCCUACUAAUUUUUAACUCAGGAAAGAUGAGAAUUAAAAUGCCCGCCGUCAGAAUUGCUCAAGACUCAGAUGCCAUGGAAACAGACCCUUCGGCACAGGAUAUGCUUACAUGUGGAUCCUGCCAAAAGACUUUUGCUCUUUCUGAUAUAGUUAAAUUUAUUCAACAUAAAGUGCUGCAAUGCAAUAAAGAGAACUAUGGACAGUGCUCGACUCAGGCUCCUUCGACCGAUAGGGAUACGGACGAUGGCCGACCUUUAAGCUUAGUCAACAGAAGACCCUCGAUAUCGGCGCCAAUAAUUAGUCGAAAAACUUCUGGGUCUGGAUCACGUAUACAUACGCCGCCUCCAAGCCCUGCGGAUCUUUUAGCUGAUGGCGCGUCCAGUACUCCUAAGCGCUUAGUGGACGAAAAUGAUAACACAACUCCCAGAAAUGAAGGGGCUGUGGAGAAGAGCGCAUCCUUGGAAAUUGCAAACAAUAACUUAACCGAGUCGUAUGUAGGAAGUGAUGUAGUAAAAACAAAUAAUAUUAGGAUAAAGCAGGAACAAGAGCAAAGUGAUGAAGUGAACAUAAAUAUUGCAUUGCAUGCAAAUGAUUCCAACCAGGACAAUAACGAUGGCCAGCCGUUACCGAAACGCCCUAAAAUCGAAGUGGUUGACGCGGAAUCCAACACAUUACAUACAGAACCCAGCAAUUAUACAUGUUCCACAUGCAAGACUCGUUUCACUUCUGCUUGGCGCUUAAUUCAGCAUGUGCAACAUUCGCAUGAUGUUAAGAUAUAUGUAGAACUCCCCACCUCUCUAUCUCCGAAUUCCGAUUUAGUGUCGGAUCCUGCGUUGUCGAAUUUGCCUCUAUCAGCAUCUGUGCCUGUAUCGGCACCAACUAUAACCUCAGCGAAAUCAACUGCACAGCCCUUAUCGACUUUACCCUCCGCCGCUUCUUCCUUAUAUCCGCCCGUCAGUCACCAAUCACACAAAACUGAUAACUCGAGUACAAACUGCAACAUUAGUAGCAAUAGCAGCGGUAGUGGAACUAACAACACCUCUACCGGCAUACCAGCCCCUACUUGUAGUGGUCACUCAAAUGCUGUCCAACAGCAACAUCAACAAAUCCAGCAACAACUUCAACAGCAUCGAGCAGCAGUUGCUGCUGCGGCAGCGGUUGAACAACAUAAGCAACAACAACAAAGCAAUCUUACAACAGCAAUGCAAAAUGCCCAAAACUUAGCGGUCGCUGCAGCUGCGGGCAUGCGGCAUCAUACGCUGUUGCCACCGCCUGACAUGCACGCAAAUCCUUUUAAUCUGCUGAGAAUGCCUUUACCACCUUCUUUGGCACAAAACCCUGUAGUUCCUACUGUCACACCACUAUUUUCGCGACCCCAUCCCGACCAUUACAGAAUGGAACAACUUGUAUCUGAGCAAUUUAGGCAUCAUGGCUUGAAUUUAGCAGCAGCUGCUGUAGCAGCAGCAAGUUCACUCACCACCCCACACUCUGGUGUUUCUCAAUUUAGUCAAAGUACUAAUGGAUCCUCGAACAACCCUAUGGAAUCACGACCUCCUUCAAACAGUAAUAGCCACCGUGGUUCAGCGCCGCCCACACCACUUCCACCUCCACCAAUAAUUCUGCCACAACAGAAUACCGCCAAUCAGGUGGGGUCUCAGACUGGUAUAAAUCUUGAGCCUCAGAUGGAUUUUUACUCGCAGCGAUUGCGUCAGCUUGCAGGAACAACAAGUCCUGGGGCUGGAAAUAUUGUUAACUCGAGCUCGCCGAGUCCACGACAAAAGCAAUCGCCUCAUUUUGCGAGCCCAUCACCAUCCCAGCUACCUCCUACACCUGUGACAAACAAUACGAGACCACAUUCACUAACUCCUCCACAAAAGAGUGAUUCUAUGAAGCAGGAAAUCGAAAACAUCAAUUCUACGCCUCGAUCAGCUUCUACACCGCCUUCAAAGCCCAGCCAAGAGAAUGCUGCUGUGUUUGCUUGUGCGUACUGUGAAAAGAAAUUUAGAUUUGAAAAUAAUUUGAUAAUUCAUCAGAGAAUACACACCGGAGAAAAACCAUACAAAUGCACAGCCUGCGAAUUUGAGUGUUCCCAUAUCAAUAAACUGAUGAAGCACAUGAGAAUACAUCGUGGCCCAGAAGAUGGCACAAGUAAUGCUGGCUCUAUAGGUUCGAACGAUGCCGGAGAUUCAGAAGCUGACGCCGAUGCUGACGGAGAGGCUGAAGGCGAAGGAGAAACGGAAAUCGAUGGGGAGGAAGAAAACAUUGACGAGGACGGAUUGGAAGACGACGAGGAGGACGAUAUCGAAGAUGGCGAAGAUAUCGAUUAUGAAGCGGAAGACCUAAGCGUUAGUAAUAGGAUCGAUAUACAAAGUGAAAGUCCAAAGACUACAAGUACUGGUCCUACAUCGCUGGUAGGUGAACUAAUGGACAAAUUUGGUUUGUCCAAUAUAGCACAAUACUCCGAAGCGUACAAGCAAGCAUUGCAGGAGUCUGGAAAAUUCAAAUAUUUAACAAAUAAGGAUAGAGACAAUAACAACUCAAGUAAUUCAGCAAUAUCGCACGUAUCUGAUAAAUUGAAUGGCUUCCCAACUGCAUUACGUCUGCGGGAUGAGCUAUCGAAGAACAUUUUUCAGCAAUCACCGCAAUCUGAUGGCCAGAAUCAAGUACCCCUAUUCAAUCCAUUUCAAAAUCCAUUCGAACUAUCUAAACGGGUUAAAAUGGAUGGCAAUGACUGGUGGAAUAUGUCAGCUCUGCAUCGGAAUGAUUCGAUUUUCGAGAAUCUCAAAAUGAAACCAUUGGGUCUUGGCACUGCUAACUCAAUGCUUCACAAUCAAAUGUUAAAAAAAGAUAAUCGGCAACGUAAUGACACGUGUGAAUUCUGUGGUAAAGUUUUUAAAAACUGCUCCAACCUCACCGUUCACCGCCGAAGUCAUACGGGAGAAAAACCAUACAAGUGUGAAUUGUGUUCCUAUGCCUGCGCGCAAAGUUCAAAAUUAACCCGCCACAUGAAAACGCAUGGACGCACUGGUAAAGACGUUUACCGUUGUCGUUUUUGUGAUAUGCCUUUUAGUGUUCCGUCAACACUGGAAAAGCACAUGCGCAAAUGUGUUGUCAAUCAGGGUAAAGCAGCAGCAGCGGCAGCAAACGCUGCAAACGCUGUGGCAGCAGCACAAGCGGCAGCUGCGGCUCAACAUCUACAAUCACAAUUACCAGCGCAAUUAUCACCUGCAAGCUCACUCUCAUCCUUCCCAUCGCAAUACGUUGGCAUCACUGGCAGCAAUACUGGCAACAAUAUCUCACUGCCCGGUAGCAUUAGUGGCGAUAACGAUACCAAUUUGCCCACAAAUCUACCAACACAUCAUAUCUCAUUAAAGGAAGAGGCAUGACUUUUUCCUCCUUGGAUUGGAAACACAAGCAGCGGUCCGGAUAACUCUAUAAAUUAUAGUCCUCAUCACCAGCACAUACCAUCACGGUUAUUGCCAC